AAACACGGUUUCGGGCCUUUCGGCGCUUAAAGACGACAUCGUUUAAAGUAUUUUAUACAAGCCGGCGCGUUGAAGCCGUCAUCUCUCUCAACCCCCGUUCUCUCUCUAAAACCAGUAAACCACACACACAAGUGCGUGAUCUAAGUGUGCGCUGAUUUGAUCUAGUAUUAGUAAGCUUGAAUUAUUUUAAGGAGGAAAAUUUGGGCCUGCAAUGGGUAAUUUGGAUUCUGAAGGAAGUGACACUGAUCUUGAUUUGGAAAGUGGAGGGACUACAAGUGAGGAGGAUGGUAGGAUAGUCCCUGAUCUUAGUGCUGAGCAUGGGAAGAAAGUCUUGCGGAGGACAUGGAGUGGAUUUGUGGGACUAAACAGGUCUGCAAGGGUUGGGAAUGGCUUAAAUUCAUAUGAUGAAGUGUCCAUUUCUGGUCGGGCUUCUGCUGAUAAUGUCAAUAUAAUAUCAGACCAGUUGGCCAGAGAUGUUGAUUCACUGGAAAAGAAGAUUAGUAGAGAGAAAAAGAAAACCUCAAAUUCCAAAAACCCUUCUAAACCACCUCGACCUCCGAAAGGUCCGUUAUUGGAUGCUGCUGAUAUGAAAUUUGUCAAAGAAUUUUCUGAGCUGGCUAGGUUGAAGCGUAGAAGGGUUGAACGAAUGAAUAAAUUAAAGAAAAAGAAAUCUGAGCAAGAAUCAUCAUCUUGCUCGAAUGUUAUUGCAAUGGUGGUAACAUGUGUCUUCGGCUUUGUUAUUAUCUUCCAUGGACUUCUUGGUUCUAACGUAUGACUCAAAUGAAGAGUGUUCUUUGCCAUUAAGCUCAGAAAACUUGGAAUCAGCCUCGAGUUUGGAUGAUGUGCUUCUGUUGGACUUGAUACUCAAGUAGCUUUGCAGAUUUGUUGUAAUGUUCAACUGGUUAAGUUUUGUAGAAUAGGUUACGAAGAUAUCGACAAUAGUUUUAAAGACUGAACUUAAGCUCACUAUGAACAAAGGGCUUUUUCUGUAAAUCCAUUUCUUUUAACUUGCAUUUAAUCUUUUCCUUGCUGGCUCCCAA